AUGGCAUUCAGUUAUGCGCAAGCAUUGUCACCCUACGAGAAUAAGGGUGUAUUGGGAUUGCCUGAGGUUAGUGAUGAGUGCUGUGAAUUGCAACAGAAAGUGGAUCAGCUAGCAAAAAUGUUAUUGGCAAGUGAUUGUUGUGUACUUCAUACAGGAGCUGGUAUUAGCACUGCAGCUGGUAUUCCAGAUUUUCGUGGACCAAACGGAUUGUGGACUUUGCAAGCGCGCAAUCAGUCAGUUCAGGAAGGAGUUAGUUUUACUGAAGCAGUACCCACUUACACUCAUUUUGCAAUCAAUGCUUUGGAACGAAAAAAUAUUGUCAAGUUUGUGAUCACUCAAAAUGUUGAUGGUUUGCAUAUUCGUUCAGGAUAUCCACUAAAUCGUAUUGCUGAAGUUCACGGAAAUGUUUUUUUGGAAAAGUGUAGCAAAUGUCGCAGAAAAUAUUAUCGGACUACACCGGUGGAGAGCAUUGGAUUGCGACCAACAGGGAAGAGUUGUGAAGGUACUUACGAUGGACGGCCAUGCCGUGGGAUUUUACAUGAUGGUUGUUUAGAUUGGGAGGAUCCAUUGCCGACCGAAGAUAUCUCUCAAGCCAAUAAAUAUGCUAGGAAUGCAGAUCUCAGUGUUUGUAUGGGUACAACACUUCAGAUAAUUCCUGCUGGCGACCUACCACUUUUAGUUAAAAAAAAUGGUGGGAAGCUCGUGAUUGUAAACCUUUCUAAAACGAAACAUGAUGAAAAAGCUGAUAUGAUAAUUAAUGGACGUAUGGAUGAUGUAAUGAAGAUGUUAAUGGCUACACUGCAAAUCAGUGUUGUACAGAAAUUUAGUCCGAAUGAUAUAGUAUGUUUUUCAGUCUACCCGUUGGAAACGUUUUCUAGAAAAAGAAAUCGAAGAAACUUGAAAAGUGAGAAACUGAAGCAAAUUAAGGCAGAAUGA